CCGUACCUAAGGACGACUUGCAGCAGACAUGGCGGCAACUCCAAACUCGAAUGAUGGUCAAAUGGACGGCAAAUUCCCACGAAAAGACGAGUUCAGCAAAUACCGUUCACCCUUGGUGGCCAGAUAUGCACCACCGGAGAUGGCUUUCAACUUCAGUGAAGUGAAGAAAUUCACGACGUGGCGGAAGCUCUGGCUUUGGCUUGCAAAAGCUCAACAGACCGUCGGUCUUGACAUCAAAGAUGAGCAGUUGGAGGAGAUGGAGGCCAACCUUGCCAACAUUGACUUUGACACGGCUGCAGCCGAGGAGAAGAAGAGACGACAUGAUGUCAUGGCUCACGUCUACACCUUCGCCCAGUGCUGCCCGCAGGCUGCCUCCAUCAUCCACCUAGGAGCCACGUCCUGCUACGUGGGAGAUAACACGGAUCUGAUUGUGAUCCGUGAUGCCUUUAACAUCCUCCUGCCUCGUCUGGCCCGAUGUGUCCAACGCAUCGCCAAUUUUGCCGAAGCUCACAGGAGUCUCCCCACCCUUGGAUUCACACAUUAUCAGCCGGCACAGCUGACAACGGUGGGAAAGCGGGCUUGCCUCUGGCUGUCGGACCUCCUGAUGGACCUGCGUAACCUGACCAGGGCCAGGGACGACCUGCGCUUCCGAGGGGUCAAGGGCACCACCGGCACCCAGGCUAGCUUCCUGGCACUGUUUGACGGCGACGGGGAGAAGGUUGACACUCUGGACAGACUGGUGACCGAGAUGGCUGGAUUCCAGAGGUCAUAUAUAGUGACAGGCCAGACAUACAGCAGAAAGGUGGACAUUGAUGUGCUGUCUGUACUGGCCGGUCUCGGAGCUACCAUGCACAAGAUUUGCACAGACCUGAGGCUCCUCGCCAAUCUCAAGGAGGUUGAGGAGCCUUUUGAGACGGACCAGAUAGGCUCCAGUGCCAUGCCGUACAAGCGCAACCCGAUGCGCAGCGAGCGCUGCUGCUCCCUGGCCAGGCACCUCAUGACGCUGGUGGGCGACCCCCUGCAGACGCACGCCGUGCAGUGGUUCGAGCGAACGCUGGACGACAGUGCUAACAGGCGUAUAUGCAUAGCUGAAGCAUUUCUUACUGCCGACAUCUGCUUGAGUACACUGCAGAACGUCUCAGAAGGACUGGUUGUCUAUCCAAAGGUGAUUGAGAAACAUGUGAAGCAGGAGCUACCAUUCAUGGCGUCAGAGAACAUCAUCAUGGCUAUGGUCAAGGCAGGAGGAAACAGACAGGAGUGCCAUGAGCACAUCCGCACCUUGGCUCAGGAGGCAGGAGCCGUCGUCAAGCAACAAGGAGGUGAUAACGACCUGGUGGAGCGGAUACGCCAAGUCGAGUACUUUGCACCCAUCCAUGGCCAGCUGGACGACCUCCUCAACCCUGCGACGUUCAUUGGACGUGCUCCCGAGCAGGUGACAAGGUUCCUUCAUGAGGAAGUCAACCCUGCAAUCAAGCCCUACCAAGACAGCAUGGACGUGACAUCAAAGCUAAAUCUUUGAGAUCUGACAGUUUGGACAUAGGCGCGUGCCCAGCCACCAAGCUGCAGGGUCUUUUUUGUUGUUGUUCAGCAAUGCAGUAUUUACUUUGCUCUUCAAAAGAGCACAAAUCAGUCUUGAAAUAAAUUCUGUUAAAAGUGGGCGUGAGAGGAUUUUCUUUAAUCAUGUACUACACAAGAUGAUUGACACAUUAACACUUCGGGGAAUUUCGAGACCGUAAACCUGUAACUUGCCAUGGGCAAAUUGGUCUAGUUUGUAUUUUGUAAUGCAGGUCAGGUGGAAUAUUUCUUCAUGUAGUUUUGCACAGGUGUGGAGUUCUGUGUACAUGCUAUUGGCAGUACGAUGCCAAACCUAUUUCAAGGCAUCCAAAGAUGCUGACGUGCAUUGUGUGGUGUGCAUUAGCAAAGAUCUCUCCAUCGGGUUUGCUGUGGCGUGGCGCUGCUGAAUUUGCCUGUGUGAGGUCAUACAGCACAGCGCCUACAAUGUGAGUUAUCUUAACAGAUCUAACAUCACCUGCCAGUUACACCACCAUGUAGUGAGCUUGGGCCACGUUAUAGUGUUUGAAGGUACAUGUACAUGUAUGUUAUUUUGGCAAUCAUCGUUCUUUUUACAGCACCCAAGGUUGAAAACCAAAGCACACUGGUGCAUAGCAUCGAUUCUGUCUUGCCCUUAUCAAUCUUCAGUCCAACUGUUUGCCGAGAUGUACAGAAGUGUUUGAAAACAUGCAUUUCUUGAAAUUUAGAUAGAACAACUUGAAAUGUAGAGAAUACUGAUCUUAGAUCCAUCAGCAAGCUAAAUGAAAACAGGAGGGUUGCAUGUGGUAUUGUAACGCCUUCAAGUGGGGAUGCACCGCAAAGGGGUGUGACUUGCAGCAGAAGAGAUGCAUUGGUAUGUUCAACACACAUGUGAUUUUUCUUGAUACAGGUUGCUAGUGUCUUUGUGCAACUCAGCGUUGUCAGUUUGGGGGAAAGCAAUCAAUUAUGGCAAAAAAACAGUUGCCUCAAGGAAU